UUUAAGAAGUCGAAGCGGAAAGACGUGUUUUGCCCACGUCCACUUUUUGCCGGUUAUUCGGAAAAUCGCAAUCGCAAACGCAGUUAUCGCGGAUGAAUCUACACAAUCGCAUUGAUAAUUAUUUUGGCCAAAAAAAAAAUUAAAACACAGCGCAGAUCCGAAAGAUACGAAAAAAACCUCACGGAUUGCGAAUUUGUUUGAAUGCCGUGGUUGCGUACGUGUGCGUGUGGGUAUCUGUGUGAGAAGCGCGUGUAAACAAAUGAAAAAAACGAAACGAGCGGUGUAUCUUCGGCUCUGAUAAGCUGACAAGUUUGAUAAAAAGCCAACACAUUGUUGUUAACAGCUCGGAAAACACAAGUGCUACUGCAUAAAAAAAAAGAAAAGCACAACUUCCCCCCCACCCCUGCCUCUUAAAGGAAAACCAAACAAAUUGCCGGCUAGUGGAAAACAAGUGAAAUUCAAGAUACAACUGUAAACACAGCGGAAUUAUAGGAAAAUAUACAUAAUAUCGGCGAUAUCGCUGCAAAUUAAAGCCGUGAAAAAUUCGCUGAAAACAACAGCAACACAACAACAACAACAACAAGCAAUUAUGGUGUAAAGUAUACGACUAAAAUCUUAUCGGUGUGCAAUCGUUGUUGCUAUUAUUGUUCUAUAUGCUGGUUAGUUGAGUUGUUGUUUUUGCCUUAGCCGGCGUCGCGUCGGUGUUAGUGUGUCGGUGUGUUUGUGUGCAAACGAGUUUGCAAAAAAAAAAGGAAAAAAAUAUUGCAGUUACGGUGGCAAGUGUUGCAGAUACUCCAACAGCAGCAACAGCAACAACAACAGCAAGUUAGCCAGAAACCAACACACACAACCAGCCACAAAAAUAUUGAGAAAUGCAUUCAUAAAUGAAUCGAGAUAAAUUAAAUCCAAAUGAAAGUGCUGAAAUUAAAUAAAUUUUAGGUAAAUAAGAAACCACAAAUACCACAAUUAAAUAACGAGCGUGUGCAAGUGUAGAUCAAUACAUAUUAGCUAUAUAUUAACCAUAUAUAUAGGCCGUUAAAAACCAGCGCGAGUGCUAAAAUGCUGUCCCCCGCAGCAUUGGUCAUCGUCGGGAUGCAUAAAUCUCUUUGAAAUCAAAAUUAAACCAAUCAAAAUAUAUAUCUGUCUGUCUAAGUAACCAACCAGCGUAGUAAAUCAAAUCAAAAUCACAUCAAAACCAAUCUCAAAUUGUUGACCGAUCAACAGUUUGAGUAAAUAUUUUCUUCGACCCCAUCAGACAUUAAGCAACGGCCUCAAAACGGAGUCCCUAGAGUUUUUGCCGUGCGAGGAAGAGGAUUUCGAGAUGGAUAUCCUACCGAGUGGCAAUAUCUUCAACGAGUUGGAGCGGAUCUGCACCACCGGCUAUUUCUCGUCACAGCCGUCGAUUGAGGAUCAAUGGCAACAGACCUGCUACGAACUGGAACGCUAUCUGCGGGAUGAGCCCAAGCUGCAGAAGAAGAUACACAGCAAUCUGGACAACGCCUGGGACAUAUUCUCCACACCCGCCCGCCUGCUCGAGGAGCUGAAGAUCAAGGAGCAGCACCUGGACACGAUCUCGACGACCUCCUCGGUCUCGUCCAACUGCUCGGGCAUCUCCUGGGACAGCAAUGGCUCCCAGGCGCUGAGCUGCUCGGUGCUGGUGAAGCAGGAGAGGAUCGACGAGGAGGACGACGAGGUGGGCUGUGACGAUAAGAUGGGCGUGUUGCUUUCGGCACCGCCCUCGGCCAUUUCGCCCAAUCCCAGCAUCGGCAGUGCGGGCAACAUGACGCCCACCAGCAACAGCAAUAGCAAUAUUAGCAGCAGCAACAGCAUCACCAGCAGCAACAUCAGCAGCAGCAGCAGCGGCAACAUCAUUGCCAGUCCGCUGAGCAGUCUGGGCAGUGGCAGCACCAUCACAGUGAGUUCCCGCAACAGUUCCGCGCCGGGCAUCAAGGUGCGAGUGGUCCAGGCCAAGAGCAACUCCAGAUUGCACCUGGGGCAUGUCCAGGACUUUGUGCUGCCCACCCUGACGCCGCCCUCCUCGCCAGAAUCCAGCCUGCGCACCCACAAUUAUGCCCAGCAGCUGGAGGCCAACGAUCUGGCGGCACUGAUACAGCAGCAACAGCAGCAGCAGCAGCAGCAGCAACAGCAGCAGCGUCAGACACAGCAGCAACAUCCACAUCCACAGACGAGCAACUCCACACCCGCAACAGCAAUCCUGCGAUUCACCAGCCAGAGCAAUCCCACAAUGACGCAACUGCAGCAGCAGCAACAGCAGUUGGCCGUCCAGCAUUUGAGCAUAUCGCCACAGGCCCUUGGCAGCAACUCGCCCAAGAGCAGCAAUAGCAGCAGCAGCAGCAGCAGCACCAGCAGCAGCAGCAGUAGCAGCAACAGCAGCAUUAGCAACAGCAAUAGCGGCAGCAGCAGCAGCAGCAUCAGCGACCAGCCAACACACAGCAACAUUCCGCGCAGCACCAUCGUCCGAUUGACAACGGCCAACGGCAAGCCAGGAGCCGCUGGAAUCAGUCUGGCUCGAGUCAUUCAAAUGCAGAACAACGGCAAUGCCAAUGUGGCCGCCGUGCUCAAUGCCGCCGCCAACAGCAGCAGCAGCAGCAGCAACAGCAACACCACCAGCGCCAGCAGCAACAUCAGCAACACCACCAGCAAUACGGCCACCACGCAGCAACAGGUGCUCUCGCAACGGGCCGAUAAGCCAUCGAAUGGCUCCUCGAAAUCACAUCACCCCCGCCAACAUCACAGCGAUCACAGCCCGGACGCCAAGAGACGGAUACACAAGUGCCAAUUUCUGGGCUGCAAAAAAGUCUACACGAAGAGCUCACACCUGAAGGCCCACCAAAGAACGCACACAGGUGAGAAGCCGUACAAGUGCUCCUGGGACGGCUGCGAAUGGAGGUUUGCGAGGAGCGACGAGCUGACCCGCCACUACCGCAAGCACACAGGUGCCAAGCCCUUCAAGUGCCGCAACUGCGAUCGCUGCUUCUCGAGGUCCGAUCACCUGGCGCUCCACAUGAAGCGUCACAUGUGAGGGGAGAUUUAAGUCCAUAGAGAUCCCCGGAAAAUCCAGAGGCGGAGGCGAUGAGGAUGAGGAGGAGUUCAGCGGAAACUGUGUGCCAUCAAGGAACGAUGAAAAACUUGCGUAACGCUAAUCAAAACCACUUUAAUCGUGGAGCAGAGAGGGGUGGAUAAACAAAAAUUGAGAAAGUUAAAUCAAACAUAAAAACAAAGAAAACAUCACAACACAAGCACAAAGAUGGAAAUUCAAGUUAUCCGAUUCCGAUUGAUAUUUGUGUUGCCAUUAUUGUCGCCGUUAUCGUUUUCGUUAUCGUAUGGUUAUCGUCGUUAUCGUUUCAAUUGCAAAUUCGAUUUGUUUCAAUGCCUUGUUAAGUGUAAGUUUAAGCUAUAGCAGCCUGAUCGCAUUUCCCCAUUCACAUCUAGCAUUUAGCGGCAAGUUCUGAACAAACAGCAAAAAUUGUGUACAAUUUACCAAAGCUAAGCGAUUUCUUUAAUUAGUAAAGCAGCAACAAAAUAACAAAACAAAAAAAAAA